AUGAAGGAUUAUAAACUAGUUGUUUUAGGCUCAGGAGGUGUAGGGAAAUCUGCCUUUACAGUUCAAUUUGUCCAAUCAAUGUUUGUAGAAAGAUAUGACCCUACAAUCGAAGAUUCAUAUCGUAAAAAAGUAGAAAUUGAUAAUCGAAUAU